GUUCGAAUCGCACUCGUGUCGUUGUUUUGUUGGGCUCUUUUUCGUUAUCUUCACGCUAAUACAUUGCCGCGGGAAAGAGACUGGCCGUCAUUCAGUAAAACCAGCCAGUUUGUCAUCUCUUGAGGAUCCCCCUCUCGCUCCCAGUUCCCUCCGGCCCACGAUGUGGCACUCAAUCCUCCUGUGCUGCGCCUUGGCCGCCUUCUCGGUCUCAGCAGUGAUGGCCCAGAGCUCGGGAACGGCAUCCAAGCCGACUCCGGCCCCGACACCCACUGCUUUCGCUGACCACACGCGCGUACUGACGGGAGGCACCAUCGCCGGCAUCGUCGUGGGCGGCAUCUUUUUCGUCCUUUUCGUGGGGAGCGCGAUCGUGUGCGGAUGGGCGCAUUGGAAGUCCACUGCGCGCCGGCCCGUGGGAGACUCGGAGGAGGGUGCGGCUGGUGGGAAGGUGGAGGCUGAGCCCUCUGAUGAUGUCAAAGCGCCACCGCGGCUCCGGUGAUUCGAACCGAGCAGGUUUUAGACAUGUGUUACUGGAGUGACUCGCUUCGAACGCGGUGCAAUAUACGAUGCGAAUGAGCGAUCGCUUGAGGUUCUCGCACUUUGAGACCGAUUUUGGUGCUGGGACCUCGCUUUUGCGACCCAGCCGCCUCUCAUCCUAUCUUCGUGCCGGAUCGGUAGGUUUCCGGAGACUUGAGACGAGGCUGCCAUGAGUGAUGAUCCAUUGUCGGUUGAGUGUAAGAUUUUGAGAACCUGACAUCGUGUGGCUGUGAUCAUCACCAAGUGGUCGAUUGUGCAUCCUGGUGGAAAAAAG